UUGUUUCCUUAUAAACUACGAAGGUUGAAGAUUCCAUGGUUGACAACAACAACAUCUGCAUACUAAACUGCAUCGCAAUUGUCUUUCAUGUGAUGUCGCAUACAAGAACAACCCUCUUCAUCACUCUCUGAGAUAUCGAUCAUAUCUCUGUUUCUUCCAUGGGUACCCUCUCGCUCUCGCACGUGAUCACCCACAAUGUCACCACCACCCUUCAUGGCCUAACACCUUCUUCUACCCAUUACUCAUGUGGGUUCUCCCGCUCCAACCCUUUUCACCAUUCACCACUACAUGCCAGAGUCUGCAAUAAACUUCGAGUCUUCGCUCAGAUUAAGAGCCAAAACACCCCGAUUGAUUUCAGUGACCCUGAUUGGAAAAUCAAGUUCAAGGAGGAUUUCGAGGCUCGUUUCAGACUCCCUCAUGUUACUGAUGCUUUCCCUGAUGCUGCUUCUAUGCCUUCCACCUUUUGUCUCAAAAUGAGAACUCCUAUGACUAAAGACUUCCCUGGUAGUUAUCCUUUGGAUGAGGAAUGGAAUGGAUAUAUUAAUGAUAAUGACAGAGUGCUUCUCAAGACAAUAUACCAUUCAUCACCUACAUCUGCUGGUGCGGAGUGCAUUGAUCCUGGUUGUAAUUGGGUGGAACAAUGGGUUCACCGAGCUGGACCUCGGAAGGACAUAUACUUUAAACCAGAAGAAGUAAAGGCAGCCAUUGUUACUUGUGGAGGGCUCUGUCCUGGUCUUAAUGAUGUCAUCAGACAGAUUGUAAUCACGCUUGAAAUAUAUGGUGUAACAAAGAUUGUCGGUAUUCCUUUUGGUUAUCGCGGAUUUACUGACAAAGACCUAACUGAAGUGCCGUUGUCGAGGAAAGUAGUUCAAAAUAUUCAUCUUUCAGGUGGAAGCCUAUUAGGAGUUUCACGUGGAGGACCUGGAGUCAGUGAUAUCGUGGACAGUUUGGCGGAAAGAGGGAUUAACAUGCUCUUUGUGUUGGGUGGAAAUGGCACGCAUGCUGGUGCAAAUGCAAUUCACAAUGAGUGUUGUAAAAGACGGCUUAAGGUGUCAGUAAUUGGAGUGCCUAAAACUAUAGACAAUGAUAUUCUACUGAUGGACAAAACUUUUGGCUUUGAUACUGCUGUUGAAGAAGCACAAAGAGCAAUAAGUUCUGCAUAUAUUGAGGCACAUAGUGCAUAUCAUGGAAUUGGGGUUGUAAAAUUGAUGGGUCGUCACAGCGGAUUCAUAGCAAUGCAUGCUUCCUUGGCCAGUGGACAGAUUGACAUAUGUCUAAUUCCUGAGGUUCCUUUCAAUUUACAUGGACCUCAUGGAGUUCUGAGUCAUCUCAAACACCUUAUAGAAACAAAGGGAUCAGCAGUACUCUGUGUGGCAGAAGGAGCUGGACAGAAUUUACUUCAAAAAACCAAUGGAACUGAUGCUUCAGGGAAUGUUAAAUUGGGAGACAUUGGUGUACAUAUCCAACAAGAGACUAAAAAAUAUUUCAAGGAGAUUGGUAUUCAUGCUGAUGUGAAAUAUAUUGAUCCCACAUACAUGAUCCGGGCAUGUACAGCAAAUGCUUCAGAUGGAAUUUUAUGCACUGUACUUGGACAAAAUGCUGUUCAUGGCGCAUUUGCUGGAUUCAGUGGCAUUACAGUUGGCCUAUGUAACACACACUAUGCUUACUUUCCCAUCCCAGAAGUAAUAUCUCAUCCUAAGUUACUGGACCCUAACAGUCGAAUGUGGCAUCGAUGCUUAACAUCAACAGGCCAACCCGACUUCAUUUGAUAAUUUUACCUUUCUAGUUUACUCAAGAGGCUUGGGAAUUCAGGCUUCAUUUGAGUAAGUACAUCAUAGGAAGAUAGUUUAGAAAGAUAUUUUUUUUCAUAAGUGGAAAUUAUACAAAGGAUGGCAUUUCCACAUCAUUCAAAAAAUUAGGUAUUUUUAUGGCAUCGAAAAUCCACAGUCCUGCCAUUUACAUUCAAAAUAAAACAUGAACAGGAAUAACCAAGCAUUAUUUACUUAAUCGAUCAUAAGAUCCAAAUAUAGUGAGAAAUCAUAGGAGAUUUAACUGUUGCUUUGUGUUUGGACUCAAGCGUCAGUCAUUAGAUUGCCUGUUUAAUCUUUGCAUUCCUGGAGAUGAAGUUUAUGGUUCAUUUGUGCAUAGAGUAUUCAAAUAACAGAAUAUUUCUAGUGAAAGUAUAUGUAUGUAUGUCAAUACUCCAGAGCCAAUAAUCAA